AUGUCAGCUCAUGUUAGCGUCAGGAGGUUGCCGUGGUAACAAUAAACAGGUCGAAAGCGUCGAAAGCGCACACUGCAUUCUUCAAUGAAUCACAAGCAGCACCGGACUUCACACACCUGUGGACCACUGCAGUUUGUGUCUGACUGAACCAUGAAGCUGAGCAGAGGAGAGGUGAUGUUAGUAUGAAAGCCACCAGAUCCAGACAGCCUGUCCAGAUGGGCCAGGAGAGACAUCAUACUGAUAGACACAGCACAUCAUGCCCAGACAGAGAAGCAGCUAAUGUGAAAGCAGGGGAAACUAGAGGCUCAUUCAAGGACCAGAAGGUCUCAGCUGUGGUCCUGCAAUGCAACCAAGAUAAAAGCAAAAACACGCAAACAACUAAAUCUCCUGAGAGCAACCUACCUGCCAACCUACCUGUUCUUAACGCAGAGAGACUGCAGACAGCCAAAGCCCAUGCAGACAAAGCUAUGCAUAAAGUAUUCUCUGUCCAGGGUCCUUACCCUGUCAUCAGGGCAGCACUGAGGGCCAGAGGCUGGGUUGAGCAGCGUGCACACCACCCAAGGCAACAUGCUCGCCGGCGACUCAGGGAUGAGGGCCGAGCCAGUUCUAAUGACACUGGGGAGGAUGAUGAAGACAACUCAGACGAUGUCGAAGGAGAGCAGAAUUCAGAUGCACUAUACGAUCUCAUGUCUCGACUGGUGCGGAAUGAAAUGGUCCAUUUCUAUUGGACCAACCGCAGAGAUGCCAUCAACUCCAACAGUUUGCAAAAGGAACAGAUAAUAAAUCACUUUGCCAAGGCUGGCAGUUUCAGCACCAAGGUGGGGUUGUGUGUGAACCUGAGAAACCUGCACUGGUUUGAUGCAGACCCAGAUACCUUCUUCCCCCGCUGUUACAGACUAGGAGCACAGGAUGAGAAGCAUGAUUUUAUUGAGGACUACAGGAGGACAGCCUGCACCAGUCUGAUAAAGUACAUUGUGGAGAAAGCCCAGGGCCAACAGGGACAGACAAAGAACCACGACAUUCGGGCUGUUCAGGGUCAGCGGAAACGAAGCAGGCGGCAGUCUAAACAAGUGGUCCUCUCCCAAAUGAUUGACUUUGCGGUCAAAGUUUGCCAGGAGUUCCUGGAGAGUCUGGAGCAUAGCGACAUAGACAAGAAAUUGGACACACUACAUCUGAUUUCAAAAGAGGAGUGGACAGAGUUCAUUGACAGUUACUGCCUGGUUGUCCAAGGAGGGGCAGAGGUCCAGAUCACUGAUGAGUUUGUAGUCACCUGCAAAGCAAUGCUUCAGAGGCUGGUGGAGGUCAGUCCACAGUUGGACAUACAGGGCAUACACAACGUAUGGAUCAUCAAACCUGGGGCCAAGUCGAGAGGCAGAGGCAUCAAAUGCUCCAAGCGUUUGGAUCAGAUCCUCAAGCUGGUGGACAGGGAUCCAACCUUGAUUAAGGAAAGCAAGUGGGUGGUGCAGAAGUACCUGGAGCGCCCCUUUCUGGUCCAUGGCACCAAAUUUGAUGUGCGACAAUGGUUCCUGGUCACAGACUGGAACCCUUUGACUGUGUGGCUUUAUAAAAAAUGCUACUUGCGUUUUUCUACGCAGCCUUACUCACUAGAUACACUUGACAGCUCCGUACACCUGUGUAACAACUCAAUCCAGAAGCACCUGAGGCCCUCCCAGCAACGGCAUCAAGGCAUCCCGGCAGACAACAUGUGGUCAGACGACCAGUUCAAAACAUAUCUGUCCAGCCAGGGCCAGGGAGCCCAGUGGCAAGCUGUAGUAGUCCCAGGGAUGAAGAAUGCUGUUAUCCAAGCAUUACAGACAACGCAGGACCUGAUAGAUUCACGCAAAAACACCUUUGAGCUCUAUGGUGCUGACUUCAUGUUGGGCUGUGACCUGCGUCCAUGGCUGAUAGAAAUCAAUGUCAGUCCCACGAUGGCCCCUUCCACCCCUGUGACAGCCCGACUCUGUGCCUCUGUGCAGGAAGACACACUGCGCGUCGUUCUGGAUCGAAGAACAGAUCGCACUGCAAACACUGGAGACUUUCAGCUUAUAUAUAGACAGGCGGCUGUAGACGUGCCACAGUAUGUAGGAGUCAACCUACUUGUUGAGGGCUCAAAGAUCAAAUGCCCAUGCAGACUUCCUCCUCUGAGGUCCUUAAACCAUUCAGCACUGAAACACCGGGGCCCUGCCAAGGAGAAGGAACAAGCAGCGGAUAAAGUGAAGCCUUCACCUAAGAGGCCAUUUAAGAGUGCUGAGCUCAGCACUGGGGUUAUUCAGCCACCACCUCCUUUUACACUUAAGCCAGUUGUGCCUGUCUCUGUUGAAAUGCUCCACCUCCCCAUGACUGUGAACAAAUCCAUCCAACUGCCAAUCAGUGCUCCGGCUGACACUGUAUUUUUUUCCAAACUGAGACCAGAGUUUUCAAAAGUUUGCUCAGAGAAAUAAAAAUCCUGAAGUCUUCCUUUGCCCCUGGAGAUUAAUGUUGCAAAAGACUCCACAAGCAGCCAGCAAUGACUUUGUUGCUGAAAAAACUUUAAGAACAAAAACGGCUUGAGCCAAUCAAAUGCACUCUUGCUUUGAUAUUUGUCUAUGCAGGUUUUUUAUGGUCUACCUCACAUUAAAAUAAUGAUCAAAUGA